CGUGAAGGAACAUUGACGCGCCACGGCUACCAUAGCUCGAAAUUCGCUCUGCUCUGCUCGAAGCACCUUUUCUCUCUCUCUUUCUCUCUCUGUGUGUUUUGCAGAGAAAAAAGGGAAGAAGACAAACCCUAACGCUAACGCUAACGCCGACGCGUCCUCGCGGUGGUUCCUUCACGCAUGGCUUCCUCACUCCUUCAACCCUCGCCGUCUUCGACCAUGUCCUUUGCCUCUUCCACUUCUUCUUCUCUCUUCACUGCCACCUCCCACGCUCUCCCAACCUUAGGUUUCGUUGAUUGUUCCCGCACUCGAACCCUCGCCUCUAAUGGCGUGAAAUGUGAUAUGUCUGAACCGUCGAAUUUCGUGAACGGGAAGCCGAUUGUUCCCGUUCUCAACGAACAGACGCUGCCCAAGUUCAUGGAAUCGGCGAGGAAGGAGAAAGCCGUCAGUAGAAACGGUAACAGGUUGAAAUUGUUCUCUGGCACAGCCAAUCCUGCACUGUCUCAGGAAAUUGCUCGGUACAUGGGCUUGGAACUUGGGAAGAUUUCCAUAAAGCGAUUUGCAGAUGGUGAAAUCUAUGUCCAGUUACAAGAGAGUGUUAGAGGUUGCAAUGUAUACCUUAUACAGCCAACAAGCCCUCCUGCAAAUGAGAAUCUCAUGGAGCUUCAAGUAAUGAUUGAUGCUUGUAGGAGAGCAUCAGCCAAGAAUAUCACUGCUGUGAUUCCAUACUUUGGAUACGCCAGAGCAGAUAGAAAGACUCAAGGACGUGAAUCAAUUGCCGCUAAACUUGUUGCAAACCUUAUUACCAAAGCUGGGGCAGACCGUGUUCUUGCUUGUGACCUUCAUUCAGGGCAGGCCAUGGGUUACUUUGAUAUUCCUGUGGAUCAUGUACGAUGCCAACCUGUGAUCCUUGAUUAUCUUGCUAGCAAGACAAUUAGUUCAAAUGAUUUGGUGGUUGUUUCCCCUGACGUUGGUGGUGUUGCAAGAGCUCGUGCUUUUGCAAAGAAAUUAUCUGAUGCACCUUUAGCUAUUGUAGACAAAAGGCGCCACGGGCACAAUGUAGCUGAGGUGAUGAACCUGAUUGGUGAUGUAAAAGGAAAAGUUGCAGUAAUGGUGGAUGAUAUGAUUGACACUGCUGGAACCAUUGCAAAGGGUGCCGCACUAUUACAUGAAGAGGGAGCCAGGGAAGUUUAUGCAUGCUGCACUCAUGGUGUUUUUAGCCCUCCUGCAAUUGAAAGGUUGUCCAGUGGCUUAUUUCAAGAGGUGAUUAUUACAAACACCAUUCCAGUUCCAGAGAAGAACUAUUUCCCGCAGUUAACUAUUCUUACCGUAGCAAACCUGUUGGGUGAAACUAUUUGGCGUAUUCAUGACGAUAGUUCAGUCAGUAGUAUUUUUCAGUGAACAAUCCUAAUUAGCUUUUGCGCUUAAUUUAACGAAUAAAUGUUUUGUUUAUUUUAGUGCCAGUUUUUUGUUUUCAUCUAAUUUUAAUUUUAGUUCUCGUGGAUUAUUUUCUACACUGUUGCGGAUGGUAAUCAUUUAUAAAUGAAUUAGGCUUGGCAA